AAGAGUAAUGAAAGUAUCAGUUUGCAGUGAUGUUUUUGUGUCAUUUCAGAGCUCGUUUGGCAUCACUCCUUUCAUUUAGUUUGGUAGAACUAUAGAAACCUUGACCUCUCUUCUAUCCAGCUAGUGAGCGCCGGCUUCCACACGUUCCAGGGACAAGUCUACGGAGACCUUGGACUCCGGAGGCUCUUUGAUGCAGGGUCGUCGGUCCAUCGGCCACGCGCCGUACUGCGUCAUCAACCAGAAAGCAUGUUCAAGUUUCUGCCUCUGGAUGCGAAGGGGUACGCGUUCAUGUAGUAUUUCUAUUGGGGCCGGCUCCACUUCCUGCUGCAAUUCGUUUUUGCGAGGAUCCCGCCGCUGCAUACGGAGUAAUUCGUCAUACUUCAAGCGUUCAAGCAGGCUGUCAGGCUUCAUAUAAUCAUAUUCCGGGUUAAUUGUACGAUGCAUGGCUUCACGGAGCUGACCGUCUGGCUGCUGCUCUUGAGCAGCUCGGCAUCCUACUUGGGUCAUGCCACUGUACUUGACGAUUUUCCUGACUUCCGAUGCUUGAAGGAGCUCAAACGAUCGUUGAUUGAUCCUAACGGCAGGCUCGAAUCCUCGUGGAAUUUUACUGACGCCGACACUCCCGGACCUCCCGGUCGCAUAUGCCGAUUCGCCGGCGUGGUAUGCAAAUAUGGGGACACGGUUUUCGGUUUGUCUCUAGGUAAUCUUGGUCUCCAAGGUCCCUUCCCUCGAGGCCUUGAGCAUUGCAGUUCCAUGAACUCUCUGGACCUGUCAGGCAACGAUCUUUCUGGGCCUCUCCCAGAACAGAUCAAAGACCGGAUGCCCCCCUUCUUGAAUGUUCUGGACCUGUCGAACAACAGCUUCUCAGGUGGAAUCCCCGCCGGCAUCGGAGAAAUGAGCUACCUGAGGGAGCUCUACCUUCAGCAUAAUCAGUUGGACGGCCGGAUUCCGGGGCAGCUGAUCAAGAUUUCAUGGCUGCGUUCAUUCAGCGUCGCGGGCAACUCGUUGUCGGGUCCGAUCCCGGGCUCUCUACAGCUCUAUCCGUGCGCCAACUUCACGGGCAACCUGGGGCUCUGGGGAGCGCCGCUGGACCGGGAGUGCGGGAAGCGACCGACCAGCCGGAACAGGAUCGACGAUUCGUCCAGCGUCGGUGCAGCGGUUGGGUUCGUCGUGGGGUUCGUGGUGGCCUUCUACUUCUCUCAUUGGUUCAUCUGCUGCGGGAGGUUCCGGCCCUACAUCGUCCCUGUGUGCACUGCACGUGAUGCAUCUCUUUCUUCUGUCGGACUCUCUUUGCAGUGAUCAAGUAGUCGCCGCAAUGCGUCAAGCCUAAUUACGAGGCAGGCGUAGUGGGUUGUGAAGUUAAACCAAGAGGGAGUAGAUUGUUCUAACAAAGCGGCGAUUAUAUCAGCACAGUUAUGUAGCGGUGCCGGUAGAAGCUGUCACAUGGUGGUGUGCUGUCACACUUUAUUAUUAUAUUUUGUUAUGCGUCAAUGGUGUAUGGUAUGUGAAUGAUAUUUUGGUUGGUAUAUGGUAUCGGUCAAUGGUAUAUGGUAUUGGUAUAU